UUCCGCCACUACCGGCUGCCACCCCAACUCCCACCGAUGGCGCCCGCCGUCGAAUCGGCACUCUCGUCGAAUCGGAGUUACUGUUGAUCUCUCCGACGUGUCUUGCUUGGGGCAGUGCGUGUCUUGCUUGGACGAAAAGAAGAAGCAACAAAGGAAAGAAGAGGAAAGGUUAGUCGCCGCUGAAGUUCGUGCCAGAGCUGCCGAAGCUUUUGAAAAACGUAAGGGGAGUUCUGCAGCAGCUACUUCAACGACGUCCCACCCCUUCGACCGUCCCAGCCCUGGUUGGCUGGCGAGACCGGUUCAAUUUCAAUGGCGAAAAUUGGCGAAAUCUCUUCUUCUUCGUCCCAAACCACGGAUGCUAAGCCCGUGAUCGUUAGGGUUAAGCGCAAAGCAUUUCAGUCUCCACUCGAUGCUUUCUGGCUUGAGAUUAAUGAGAGGCCCCUGAAGCGCGCACUGUUGGAUUUUGAGAAUCUUUCAAUCACUGGUUCAUCUGGAAAAGUAGAGGAAUUUAAGAGUAAGAAGGUUUUGGUACGGCAUCUGGAGACUGCGAGCAGCACUGAGGCCACCAUUGAUAUUGUACAGUUGUUUGUGGAAUCAGAUUCUGCUGAUGCAACUGGAUCGAAAACGAAGGGCGAGGAACGAAAACACAAUUUAAAGAAGGAGAAUAUACAAGAUCAGCUUUUGUCUAAAGCCAGGAAAACACAGGAGGAAGUUGCAAAAAAUGCUCGUUUUGAACAAAUAUGGAGGAGCAGAAAGGGGGCAAAAGAGGUUAUGCAUGGCAAAUUACAUGAAAUGUGCCAUUUCUAUGAUGUUGUCCGUGUAGAUGAUGAGGAAAGAGCCAAUGAGAAGCGACAGCAGGAAGAAACUUUAGAAGACCACAAGCUUAUGUGCAGUUAUUUGCCUCUUCUGAGGGAGUUUAUCCCAAGUGCUGCAGAAGAAAUUGAAUCAGAUUUACAAUCCUACAAAGUUGGAAGAGAGGACUAUGUGUAUGAUUUUUAUACUAUAAACAAUGAGGUAGACAUGGCCACUGUAGAUGCUUUGCACCCCUUUCCUCUGGUUCAAGUAGAUGAGGAGGAUUACUGCGAUGGGCCUGAUGCUUCAGAAUAUGGAAGCGAUGAUUCAAAUGAUGAAAAUAAUCCACUGAAUGAUUAUCCUGAUGAGAUAUCUGAUGGAGAAGACGAGGAUGAAGAAGUGGAUAGUAAAGCCUCUGAUAAAGAAGCAGGAGAAGAAAGUGCUAGUGAUGAAUCGACAGAAUCUGAGCACACAGAAUUGAAGGUCUUGCAUGAAGAGGAAGAACUAUUCUACGAAGAUGAUUAUGAAUAUGAAGAAGGUAACAGUGAUGAUUUUGUUGAUGAUGAUGACCAUGAUGUUGGUGGUUACGGUAAAGAUUGAUAUAUGGUCACAUUAAGUAAGUCGACUCCAACUAUGUUCUAGAAUUUAUGCUCUUAAUUUUGGUUAUCAUUAGAUGUUAGUAAGUUGUUGUUUGAAGUCAGUAAUGCUAGGAGCAUUUACACCUAACAAUUAAUUUUAACUACUUUUUCAAAUUAAUAGUAGUUGAAACUAAUAUCACCCGAAUUUGGUUUUCUCUGUACAAACUUGAAUACACUAAUAAUACUUUUAUAGCUUUCAACUUUUGUA